GGUGGAUCUCACUCGUAGUUCAGAUGUGUCAUGAAAAGCUGGGUAGAAAUUAUCACGAUCUGAGAAUUGAGGCGUAAAAGUGCAGUUUUUAUCCUCAAUUUCCGGUCGAAAAGGUGCCAAAAAGGUGUUUCAAUGUACAAUAAGCUGGUUUUCUGUCUUUUGCUAGUGGUUUCACUGCAAAUUGUCAGCCUUGAGGCCCAAUCGUACGAGGACAAGCGAUGUAAGUGCAUUUGUCCGAGCAUCAAGUCGGUCAACAACAACACCGAGGAUGACUCGGACCGGAUGUUGAUUAUAGACAACGUUCCGCCCAACAAAUGCAACUGCGAUGGCGUCAUUUUACCUAGGAUUGCGGACAAAAUUAAGGGUAAGGAGCAGGAAUUUUGUCCGCGCUGCGAUUGCAAGUACGAGAACCGGAACACGACCAUUAUUAAGGUCGUUGUUAUAAUUGUGAUCUGGAUAAUCUCACUGUUGGUGAUCUACAUGUUGUUCCUGAUGUGUCUGGAUCCUCUGCUGAACAAACGCGUUAAGGCCAACUACCAAGAGCACACCAAUGAAGAUGAGGACACAUCAGUCGCCGUGGGCAGCCAGGACAUGCAGGUUCGGGAUGGAAAUGUCCUGAAUCGGGUUGGUCAUUCGCAGGACAAGUGGAAGCGACAGGUCCGGGAACAGCGCCGGAACAUUUACGAUCGCCACACAAUGCUCAACUAGACGAGGUGGCGUUGGAUCAUCGUAACUUAUUUUUACUCUGUAGUUUUUCACAACUGUUAGUAGCGAAUAAUCACAUUCAAAAUAAACCAAAUUCCAUUUUCCAUAAUAA